UUACUUAUAAAGAUCAUUGACCUACUUUUCUAUUAACCUUGCCUUAUAAGAACUUGUUUCAUUCUUUUAAGUUUUCUCUUGUUUUGUGUCUGCAUCAGCAUCUAAAUCAAUAUUUUCUAUCUUCUCAACAACCACUUAAUUAGAUAAAACAAUCACCAAGCAUGUUUGGAUGUCCUCCAGAGACAGGAAAUCCUGAUCCCAUGAAAUAGAUUUAGUUAAGGACAAGAGUACUAUUUAACUUUUUUUCUUUUCUUUCUUUUUGUCAAAGAAAGACUAGAUGAAAUAGCAAAAAUCAAUUCAGAGGGAGAAACAUCAUCUCAAAUGGGAAGGAAGCAUUUUCAUGGCCAAGUUAUUGGAACAACCUUAAACACAGUAACUCCUUGUGCUGCAUGUAAGCUAUUGAGAAGAAGGUGUGCUGAGGAAUGCCCUUUCUCUCCUUACUUUUCACCACAUGAGCCUCAUAAAUUUGCAGCUGUUCAUAAAGUGUUUGGUGCAAGCAAUGUCUCCAAAUUGCUAUUGGAGGUACCUGAAGGACAAAGAGCAGAUGCAGCAAAUAGUAUGGUUUAUGAAGCAAAUUUAAGGUUAAGAGAUCCUGUUUAUGGAUGCAUGGGUGCAAUAUCAACAUUACAACAACAAGUUCAAUCUUUACAAGCAGAACUUCAUGCAAUUAGAGCUGAAAUACUAAAAUAUAAAUAUAGAGAAGCAGCUUCUUUUAUUUCUUCUCAACAAGUAUCAAUCCCUACAAAUGCAAACUCACAAGGUCUUUCUCAACCUCUUGUUCUUCCUACUUUAGAUCCUCCAUCUCCUUCUCUUCCUCCACCACAAAAAGUAUUAGCUUCUCAAUCCAUUAUCCUUUCGUCGUUGUCUUCGUCUUCGGGUUCCUCUGUCUACACUACAUCUAAGAGUACAAUGAGUCAUGGAUCUAUUUCUAGUGAAAAUAUUCCAUAUUUUAUUUAGGUUUAUUUGAGUAUUAUUAUUCAUUUUAUGUAGGAAUAAUAUUAUGCUUAAUUUCUUAGAAGAAUUGUUGUAUAACUUGAACCAUCUUUUUGGUCAUUUUUCUUUUUCUUCUCUUUUGUUCAGUUGAAAGUUUAUUGAGAAGGGAAAGAAAUUAGUCCUACUACAUUGAUAUGCUUUUUAGUAGUAUAUUUUGUACUACUUUUAUACUAUUUCAAUUUUACCUGAUUUGUCUUUAUUUGUAAGAAUAAUAAUGCAUUUUGAAUA